CCUGUGUCAGAAUCUCCCAUCCACCGCCCAGAGGGCUUGCUCUCUGCGGCGGUGUGUAUCGGUUGCAGAUGCUGACAGCUCGUCCAUCAUGGAGCCAUCUUCUUCCCGGUAGAUUGUUUCGGACGACAGGAGCGGAGAACAACUUUGGCAGCUUCCGGCAGCCUGAGCUCACCGCAAGGUUCGAGCUCGGUGUAUGGUUGUCUGUCAGGCAGACUGAUUCCGUCUCCCUUUUGCUAGGCCGUCGGCCGUUUAUGCUUGGGACUAACCCAGUCGGCUACAUAUUCUCGUUAUGCCGAGUAUUGCAGCUUUUGCUUCUAGCGCGACUUGAUGAAAUUUUGAGCAUCGUUCAUCUCGAUAACUUCGCCCUCGCGCUCUUCUCACGCGACCUUGAUUACGUGUUUAUAAACAAUGGCGUCAUAUGCAAUGCGGUUCGUUGCAUGGUGCAGAAUGCAGAAUUAGGCGUAAUCUCACGGGUUUGCGAUGAGAUGCCAAAGGCUUGCUGCUUGCAACUUGAAAUGCUUGUUUUGGACUCAUCCUAUGCCUUUGUCUUUGAAAAUGUACAUGUUAUACAGUAAUUCAGCUACAGAGCCAUUGGAAUGCAAUACAGACGCUGUGCCAAUAUCGUCCAUCCAUUCUACAUGUUUCUCCUUCGUCCAAGAUGGCACAUUUCCC